ACCUUUUCCUUUCUCUUACUUUUUAUUUAUUUAUUUAACAAACCCAACAUUCAUUUCUAAAACUCCGUGCCGAAAAGUUUCGCCUCAACUAUGAAGAAACGAAGAGAGUAGUACUUAGGUUAUUAGUUUGAGAAUGAAAUAAAAUUGCGGUUUUCCAUAUUAGAUGAGAUUGAGUCUUACGAAAGUUGUUUAUUUGAAUAAAUAAAGUUAAAUUUCCGAACAAUACAAUGUACGAUUAGUUUUAACUCAUCGGUCAUAAUUUAUUAAUCUCAGGUAGUCUCUUAUUAGUUCAAUCUUGGGGCACUCUUAGGACUAAGUCUUCUCCUUUUGUCCAUGAAGGAGCAUUUGAUAAUUUCAUAGUACUAAUAAAACUCAAAAGUAAUUCUAUAGAUUAUUAAACCCAAAGAAUUGACAUAUUUAUCAUUUCCUCCAAUUAAAUAAGUACUACUGCUACAAUACUAGCACAAGUUGCAAGGGGAGACAAUAUUAAUUAAUUCCACCGGCAUAAAUACAUCUUAUUUUUAUAUAAACAAUAUUUAAUGAAAUUUGUAAAAAACAACUUGCUACAUUGCUUUCUAGAAUCAUAUGUCAGUUUAUAAAAAAUCUUAAUGUUUCAAACUAAAUUGUUUGACUACAACAUAAUUAUAUUAUAUGUCCAUAAUUUAGUACUCCUUUUUUUGAUGGAAAGUACUCAUAAUGGUCACCUCCUGUGUCAAAAUCGAGGAUCUGUUCCUGCCCGUCACGGCCGGGUCAGCUACGGUCUUCCCUCCGAUUCGUCGUCUCCCGGCCUUCGCCUACAUUCCCGACUUCGUGCUCAAUGAUUAUAUUGACGUAAGUCAGUCUUCUAGUAUGACAUUUUAUAUUGCAUUUCGAUGUAUCGUGUCAUAUUUUUAUCGAAAUAUAAGAUAAAAUUAAAAAAAAUUAAAGUGGAAUGUGACAAACUAAAAGAAGAUUUAUGAUUACAAGGAUUAAGUCUCGAAAUGAAAUUUGUAACUAAAACAUUAGCCAAAGAGUUUUUAACUUUAAUUUAUUAUCGGUAUUUCCAAAAAUUGUAUUCUAAAAAUAGGAAACAGAAGCUGGAGCUUUUGAAAGAGUUUAACAAUGGAAAAAAUGAGACUGUAACCUUACCUCCCCUUUCACAGAUUUUUUUGCUGGAGAGAGGAGAGGAACUCAAGAGGUUGCAUGGACAGAAGGCCAAAUUACAAGUCAUAAAAAAGAUCACAUAUUCUUCAGCUAGAACAGCCAGGCCAAUUCAACAAUAUUGUAUGGAAUUUCUUACUUGGGUUGUAAUAGAUUUGACAUCAAGGUAGUUGUUUAUGUAAAGUAUGAAUAAAAUUCUCUCAUUAUAAAAUAUAAUUGUGGUGUUUGA